AUGUCGAGUAGUACGAUUCGAGCGAAUAAGGCCUGUUUCGAAGGCUUGGUGCUUCAGGCUUUGGCGUAUGGGGCUCUGGUUAUGCUUUAUAUCCAGAUAACCCAAGUUCUAGUGCGCCGCCCGAAGCGAAACCGCAUGUUUUGGCUCAUCACGUUCUAUUCGACGGCACUGUUUCCACUAGCUACAUUUGCAUUUAUCGGGAAAUUGAUCUUCAUGGAGAAAAUGUAUGUCGGGAGCCCAGGCGAGAUUAUUGACAGUAAAGCAUACUAUGGAGUUCAUUGUGGUGAAUGGGCUAAUGUUAUAAGUCAAGUUUGUAUAACCAUGAUCCCUUGGAUUGGGGAUCUACUCAUGCUAUACCGCCUGAUGGUGGUUUGGAACUACAAAUGGGUUCUGCUUAUUGUUCCAGGAGGGCUCUACAUUACUCGCUUUGGCAUGGCUUUCCCGCAUCUUCUUACGAUGAUUAGAACAAACCCCGAUAAGGAUUUAUACGGCUUCAUAUUUUAUGGUCUUUGUGUCGGCCUGAACACGAUGGUGACCAUAAUGAUUUGUGUACGCCUUUUCAUGAUGCGUCAUAAAGCAGAGAUGGUCCUGGGAAACCUUCAAGCCUCACUGUAUAACUCAUGCAUUUCCAUAUUUGUCGAAAGCGGGGCGUUCUUCUCGUUGUGGAGUCUUGUCUACCUUUCGUUGAGAGCGAAAAACAGCUGGGCGCAAGAUAUAUUCUUCCAACCAUAUUCAUUUAUCUUGGCUCUAACAAGGAUGCUCAUUAUUCUGCGAAUGGCUCAAGAUCGUGCAUGGACGAGGGAGAUCAUCACAGCCGCAGACAACGGGAUCCUGGACUGGGAGGUCUCCUCAGUGAACAGCUUGCCGACAAAUGUCUCUAAGCCCACUGAUGAGAUGACUCAGAAGCUCCCUAAUAAAUUUAGGGAAGACUCGCUGAGCUCGCGCAGCACGAUCAGUCCAUAG